AUGGCUCACCCUUUUGGUCAACAAUCAGAGACUGGGCAGCGUAGGAGCACCAGGAUUCGUGACAAAGGGAAACCCACCCCAGCCUCAGGCAGCCAGAAGAAGGCCCAGGAUUCAACCUUGGCUAGUGGCUCUAAGCGACAAAACACUAAGAUGACCUCUGCAGCUGCUAAGACUGGGACUGGGACUGUCGAACUCGCAAACGGGCUGCAAGCCCAGAAACAAAAGUCCCUACUGCACCUUCCUCUACAGUCCAGGCAGCUAAAGCAGGAAGAAAGAGCAAAACAAGAUGAUUCCAAAGGGAAGGGUGCUACUCAGCAAACACACUUUGCUGAGGGAGUCACUGCAAUUUCUGACUCCAUGUCUGAAUCAGCAAAGUCCAAAUCAACUCUUCAAAUUUCGGAUACUGCUCCAAGUGCAGUGGACACUGAAAGCAGAGAUGAUGCAACUGGUGACUUUGAAGAGUUCGAUAUCCCCAGCAGUGAUGAGGAUGUUGAUGAAGACAGAAACAAACAGGACGAAGAUAACAAAGAACAAGAUACUAUUCAGCUUUUGAGUGGAUUGAAAGUUACAAUCCAAUUCAUUGGUCCUGGGUCAUCUCCACAGAACAAUGUAAUUUCCCCCUAUAGCCAUGCCGCUUGGCCAUCCACUCAGGUUGAAGUGGAUGGAUGGAGUGUCUUGAUGCAGGAUAUUCUUUCCACUGCCCAGGAGUAUCUAGGUACUGAUCAGAUUACAAAUGAAUCUUGUAUCUCAUACCUGGAUGGCAAAGACACUAUUCAACUUGGAAAAGUUGAGAGUGACUCUUGCAGGACAUAUCAUAUCCAUAUUCUUCAUGAACAUCGAAGGAUUAUUUACAUUUAUAACUCAACAUCCACUCUUACCCAAACUACUCAGCUUGGCCCCUCUAUUCCUCACCCCAAUCCAAUGAAUCCCACUAUCCCAUAUACACCACCUACUGAACCAGCCCCUUCUGCCACAAUUGGAAAGGCUUCCCUUGGGGAACUCAGUAACCUCUGGAAGGUGCGGCAAACUACGGAGAAGCAGGCCCAAUUCAAUGCUUUGAAGGACUCUCACCAUACAACAGCUUGCAGCAUUUAUGAGACACUAGCAAUUGUGAAGGAGUUCACUCAAUCUGUUCCAAUUAUUGUUAUGGAAAUGGGAUUUUCCCAUUUUUAG